UUUCACUUUCAAGUCUGAUAAGAAAAAUCAGUAAAAAUAACUAAAAACAAUGUUUAAGUUCAUUACUUUGUUGGCUAUCGUCGCCGGUGCCACGGCUCAGGUACUUCAAUUCAGUCCACUCACAUUGGGCUCGUCCAGUGCCGCUCAAUUGCAGACCAUUCAGUUGACCCGACCAUCGGGUGUUGCAUUGGCCCGACCAAACAUUGCUCUGAGAGCACCAAUUGCUGUGGCCGCCCCCGCUAUCCAACAUAUUGCUGCCCCACAACACUUUGCCAUCGCUGCCGCUCCUCUGCAAAGACAGGCUAUCCUGGCCCGUCCCGCUCCCAUUGCUCUGUCACAGCCUAUUCUGAGAGAGGAAUCAUACCCACCACAGCCAUAUACCUAUGGUUUCAGUUCAACCGAUGAGUACGGAACCCAACAGAGCCGUCAAGAGCAGGCCGAUGGUAGCGGAUCCGUCACCGGUUCAUACAGUCUUGUCGAUCCCGAUGGUCGCCAGAGAGUUGUUGAGUACGUUGCCGACGGCGCCGGUUUCCGUGCCACCGUCCGCACCAACGAACCGGGCACUGCUAACGCCAAUCCCGCUGACGUUGAGAUCCAGUCGACUGCUCCCACCCGACGAUAG